CCCUGGGAUCCAGCUCUCUCUCCCUAGCGCCGCCCUCCUUGGCGUGGACCCAGCCUCCCCGGGCUAAAAAUACUGUCGGAAGGCGCCGGAGAGGAAUCAGAUCGCCCUAAGUAGGGCGCAGCGCAGAGGUGACGGCCGGGCCCAGGGCAGAGGGAGACUCAGCCGCCGGCCGCAGCGCGGCCUGGGCCAGCCUAGCAGCUGUGCGCCGCAGCCAGGAUGAAGUUGAAGAAGCAGGUGACAGUGUGCGGCGCCGCCAUCUUCUGUGUGGCGGUCUUCUCGCUCUACCUCAUGCUGGACCGAGUGCAGCAUGACCCCAGCCGGCACCAGAACGGCGGGAACUUCCCCCGGAGCCAAAUUUCUGUGCUGCAGAACCGCAUCGAGCAGCUGGAGCAGCUGCUGGAGGAGAACCACGAGAUCAUCAGCCACAUCAAGGAGUCCGUGCUGGAGCUGACCGCUCACGCCGAGGGCCCGCCCGCCCCCCUGCCCUACUACACGGCCAAUGGCUCCUGGGUGGUGCCGCCGGAGCCCCGGCCCAGCUUCUUGUCCAUCUCCCCACAAGACUGCCAGUUUGCACUGGGGGGCCAAGGCCAGAAGCCAGAGCUGCAGAUGCUGGCCGUGAUGAAGGACUUGCCCUUCGACAACGUGGAUGGCGGCGUGUGGAAGCAGGGCUUCGACAUCUCCUAUGGCCCCCACGACUGGGACGCCGAAGCCCUGCAGGUGUUCGUGGUGCCACACUCGCACAACGACCCAGGCUGGAUCAAGACCUUCGACAAGUACUACACGGAGCAGACACAGCACAUCCUCAACAGCAUGGUGGCCAAGCUGCAGGAGGACCCCCGGCGGCGCUUCCUCUGGGCCGAGGUCUCCUUCUUCGCCAAGUGGUGGGACAACAUCAGCGCCCAGAAGCGAGCCGCCGUGCGGAGGCUGGUGGGAAACGGGCAGCUGGAGAUCGCCACAGGGGGCUGGGUGAUGCCGGACGAAGCCAACUCCCAUUACUUUGCGCUGAUUGACCAGCUCAUCGAGGGUCACCAGUGGCUGGAAAAGAACCUCGGAGCCACCCCGCGCUCUGGCUGGGCCGUGGACCCUUUCGGCUACAGCUCGACCAUGCCUUACCUGCUGCGCCGGGCCAACCUGACCAGCAUGCUGAUCCAGAGGGUGCAUUAUGCCAUCAAGAAGCACUUCGCGGCCACCCACAGCCUGGAGUUCAUGUGGAGGCAGACGUGGGACACCGCCUCCAGCACAGACAUCUUCUGCCACAUGAUGCCCUUCUACAGCUACGACGUCCCCCACACCUGUGGCCCAGACCCCAAGAUCUGCUGCCAGUUUGAUUUCAAGCGCUUGCCAGGUGGCCGCAUCAACUGUCCCUGGAAGGUGCCGCCCCGGGCCAUCACGGAGGCGAACGUGGCCGAGAGGGCUGCCCUGCUCCUGGACCAGUACCGGAAGAAGUCGCGGCUGUUCCGCAGCCGCGUCCUGCUGGUGCCGCUGGGCGACGACUUCCGCUACGACAAGCCGCAGGAGUGGGACGCCCAGUUCUCCAACUACCAGCGGCUCUUCGACUUCCUCAACAGCAAGCCCGACCUCCACGUGCAGGCCCAGUUUGGCACCCUGUCUGACUACUUUGACGCGCUGUACAAGCGAACGGGGGUGGAGCCGGGCGCCCGGCCUCCCGGCUUCCCGGUGCUCAGCGGCGACUUCUUCUCCUACGCCGACCGGGAGGACCACUACUGGACGGGCUACUACACCUCCCGGCCCUUCUACAAGCGCCUGGACCGCGUGCUGGAAGCCCACCUGCGGGGGGCGGAGAUCUUGUACAGCCUGGCGGUGGCCCACGCCCGCCGCGCCGGGCUGGCCGGCCAGUACCCGCUGUCGGACUUCGCCCUCCUGACAGACGCGCGGCGCGCACUGGGCCUCUUCCAGCACCACGACGCCAUCACCGGCACGGCCAAGGAGGCCGUGGUGGUGGACUACGGGGUCAGACUCUUGCGCUCCCUGGUGGGCCUGAAGCAGGUGAUCAUCAACGCGGCCCACUACCUGGUGCUGGGGGACAAGGACGCCUACCGCUUUGACCCGGAGGCGCCCUUCCUGCAGAUGCCCUACGUGCCCAAGGAGCCCCCCGUGCUGCGCGUCACCGAAGGCCCCUUCUUCUCCGAGGUGGCCGCCUACUACGAGCACGUCCACCAGGUGGUCCGGCUCUACAACCUGCCAGGGGUGGAGGGGCUGUCUCUGGACGUCUCCGCCCUGGUGGACAUCCGGGACCACGUCAACAAGGAGCUGGCCCUGCGCCUCCACACGGACAUCGCCAGCCACGGCGCCUUCUUCACGGACCUCAACGGCUUCCAGGUGCAGCCGCGGCGGUACCUGAGGAAGCUGCCCCUGCAGGCCAACUUCUACCCCAUGCCCGUCAUGGCCUACAUCCAGGACGCGCAGAGCCGCCUCACGCUGCACUCGGCCCAGGCGCUGGGCGCCUCCAGCCUGCGCGACGGCCAGCUGGAGGUGAUCUUGGACCGGCGGCUGAUGCAGGACGACAACCGGGGCCUGGGCCAGGGGCUCAAGGACAACAAGCGGACCCACAACCACUUCCGGCUGCUGCUGGAGCGGCGCGUCCUGGGCGGCGAGGCCCAGGACGACCAGCCCACCAGCUACCCCUCCCUCCUCAGCCACCUCACCUCCGCCCACCUCAACAGCCCGGCCCUGGCCCUGCCCGUGGCCACGCGGCCCCCGCCCGGCCCGGCCCUGCGCUCCUUUCACCCCCUGGCCUCUCCCCUGCCCUGUGACUUCCACCUGCUCAACCUGCGCGCGCUGCAGGCCGAGGACGCUGCGUCGCCCUCGGCAGAUGCCGCCCUCAUCUUACACCGCAAGGGCUUCGACUGCAGCCUGGAGGCCAAGAACUUAGGCUUCAACUGCACCACAAGCCAGGGCAAGGUGGCCCUGGGCAGCCUCUUCCGUGGCCUGGACGUGAGUUUCCUCCAGCCGACCUCCUUGACGCUGCUGUACGCGCUGGCCUCGCCCUCCAACAGCACCGACGUCUACCUGGAGCCCAUGGAGGUCGCCACCUUCCGCCUCCGCUUGGUCUAGGCGUCGUGGCAGAAGGGAAAGCUCGUCCUCGGCGGGCUGGACUGGCCACGGGGCGCCCCUCCCGCCCGCCUCCGCCCUGCACCCGAGGCGCCACCGUUUCCCGGUUACUGUGGCGUCUGUGUCUAGGGCGCCUGGGGGCCGCGCGGGUCCCGGAGAGACAAGGAGAGAAGGCCCAGGCGCCGCGGGGGGUUCCAAGCGCCGUGGGUGCAGGCUCCGGCCACGUCCCUUCCCAGCGUGGCUGGGGAGACUCAGGGACAGGGACCGAGCAGGCGGCAGCCUGGCUUCAGGCUCGCCCUCGGCAAGAGCAGGCUUGAGGAGAACCGAGGCCGCGAGGCGCCUGCUGCCUGGAGGCGGGUCUGCGGCCACGGGCCGUGGGCGGAGGGGGAGACCGGCUCUCCCACGGCCCUGCGAGUGCCACCUGGUACGCCCCAGGCCAGGGCCGCCGCGUGCUGGAGGACUCUAGAGACGGUCACUGCCGACGUCAGAGGACGCUGCAGGUACCAAAAACCCCGUUCAAACUGG